CCAAGUUACAGAAGUUGCUUAAUACAAAGUGCCAACGAUGGCAGAAGAGGAGAACACAGAGACGCUUGGACCAGAGUUCCCACUUGGACGAGUGAAGAAAAUAAUGAUGCUCGACAGGGAUAUCAAGAAGGUUAGUUCAGAAGCCCUUCAUCUCAUCUCUCUCUCCACCGAUUUAUUUCUUGGGUUCCUGGCUGAGAAAUCUGCAGAGAUCGCCGUUGAAAAGAAGCGGAAGACAGUGAAGCUGGAACACAUCAGGAUGGCCACCAAGAGACAUCGACCUACUAACGAUUUCCUCAUCGAUUCUCUCCCUAUGCCUUCAAAGACCUCGAACAAUCAGUCGUCGAUUGCCCAGGCUAGAUCUGGGCCUACCGCUGUCGAGAAAGAGAAGCCACUUCCAGUGGGUACUCGUAGGAUCGACGAUUUCUUCCGCAAGUCUUCCAAUGAAAUCCCAAAUCUGUCAGAUUGAAUCAUUAAUGAUUGUCUCUGGCCCUCUCCGAGUGUCAACUUGGGCCUUCUGUAUCUCUUUCUAGUUUCUACGAAAUUUAAUACAAUAUAUUGUUUUUCAAAA